GUGACCUUGCGGUGGUUUUCAAAAAGUUGGUCAAUCUUGGUCUCGUCCGCCGAUCCUAUGAACAAAAUAAGAUUUUUAAAAACAGCUGUCGUGUUUUAGAAUGGCCUAGAAACAUGCCUUAUGCAGUUACUACAUGACUGGUAUUCAGGUAUAUUUGUUCGCUACUUAAAUCGGUGGUUUGAUGAAGCAGUCAGAUUAACAAAAGUGCUACGGGACUAAUUUAUUACCAUUGCUGUAGAUCUGAGGAAAAAACGCAAAUUAUCAAAGUAAUAGAAAGUGUUGGAAUCAGUUGCAGCUUCAAUUAAUUCUUCAAUAGAUAUGAACCUACGAACCUCUCAGACCGAUGAUGAAAAAGAAACUUACUCCUUGUAUGAAGAAGGGUAUUUAUCACGUCGGAAAGAUACUGAUUACAGAAUCUAUAUUCCGCCAAGUCAGAGAGAUUGUAUGGAGAAAUACUAUCCUCCUACUUCUGUAACUCCUUGUGUUAUCUAUGAUUACAGUCGUCAGCCCCCAGCAGACACUUCACACGGACACAGGUCUUAUCUACAAGGUAAGCAACAUUCAAAUAUCACGACAAAAAAUCUCUCGAAUUAUUUAGGAAGUAAUAAGUCCGUAACUGAAAAGCAGGAUAGAAAUAUAUCAAAUUCCUCUGAGAUGUACAUAACUAACAUUCCUCGUCUAACUCCGCCUGCGUUGCUACCCACUCCUUCUACACAACCUCUUAAGGCUGCUAACAGGCUAUCAUCUGAUAUCUGUACAGAUGAAAAUACGAAACCCGGUUCAUCUAAUCAAUCCUGUGGAAAGAACAAACGUCCAAGAUCAUUAUUGAAUUAUUGGAAAAGUUUUGAUCCUGAUCUACUUCGUCCUCAUGGUCGUGGUUACCAUCUGCGUAAACAACGUAUUUUCAGUCCUAUGGCUAGACUAUGGAAAGCUAUGCAACAACAAAGUCUGGUACACGUAAUGACAAGGGGUUUAAGAGAGCCCAGGGCUUUGUUAAUCGGAAAUCUGAUCGCUUUUGAUCGUUACUGGAAUUUGAUAUUGAUAAAUGUUACCGAGUACUCAGUCCAUCUGCCGAAAUCUGCAUUGAGGGGUUAUGGGAAGCCUGGACGAAGUAAAAGACGACGUGAACAACGUUUACGAAGUAUGCAACGAAGACAGCUUGAAAUGAAUACAAGUGAAAAUCAGCUUCAAAAUGCGAUAUCGAAUGAAGUAUUGUUCGAAGCAGAGGAAACGAGUCAGCUUGAUUUAUCUCAAAGUGUAGACUAUGUGAAAGAAAAUAUACCAAAUGUAUUAAUGGAAGCGACAAAUACUUAUGAUGAUGAUAAUAAUAAUAAUAAUAUUCAACGUUCAGAUAAAUGUAUUCAAGUUGCUUCUGAUACUUCUAAUUGGAAACCAUCUAUGGUCAAUUUUCAAAAAAGAGGUAUCUCUGAACUUUCAGAUAUAGCACUUUGGAAAAGUUUACAGCCAUCAUCGUCGUCAUCGCUGGCGCCUGUAGAGCAAGUGAACAAUGAAAGUGAAUAUAAGGAACAAUUGUUUAUUCGUGGUGCGAAUAUUAUUUCUGUACGAAUUCAGUCAAAUACUUGAAGAGAUGUCACUAACAUUCAUCCUGUUUAUUUUUUUUCAGAUUCAACUAUUAAGAAAAUGCAUUUACAACCAUUAUUAUUAUUAUUAAUAUCUUCAUUAUUAUUAUUGGGAACAAUCUUGGUCUGCAGAUACUUGAUUAACAGUCAAGUCGAGUGAGAUAUCGUACUAAAGUGGAAAAGACUAGUGAGGUGUAGAAGUCAAGUCUUAUUUUUUCAUAAACAAUAGACAUCAUUGUUAUAUUUUGCUAAACUUUGAGUUGAAUAGAAGCACGGAGUUGGUAACAGACGCCACUAAUCACGUUUUCCGCUUGAUUGUG